AUGUUGAUUAAAGAUUUCAGACGGGAUUUUUACGACGUCUUACAGCAUCAGAGAGUUCUUGUCUUGGUGGCCUUUGAUGUGGAUGCCUUGUGUGCGUGUAAAAUUCUUCAGUAUUUGUUCCAGUGCGAUCAGGUCCUGUACACAAUUGUCCCUGUGGAUGGCUUGCAGGAGCUUGAACACGCCUUCCUGGAGAAUGCUGAAGGGAUCAGACAUGUCAUCCUGAUCAACUGUGGGGCAGCCGUGGAUAUUGUGGAAAUGCUGCAGCCAGAAGAUCAUGUCCGUUUCUACAUCUGUGACAGUCACCGCCCUGUGGAUGUCCAUAACUUCUACAAUGCAGUCCAGGUCAAACUGCUGAUGCGUGAGGAUGAGUUGUCGUCUAUGCCAGCCUAUGAUGAUCUCUUUCGAGAUGAUGGCGAGGACGAGUCAGAGGAAUCUGAUAGUGAAAACGAUGAUCCUGAAACUGGCUACAAGAGAAAGAGGUUCGAUGAUGAGUCAAUCAUCCGCAGACAGGACAGACGUAGAUGGAAUGAAUCCAGAGUAAAAACUCUAUUUGAUUAUUCCAAAUUCACAUCGUAUGGCACAUCGGCAGCAUUAAUGAUGUUUGAACUUGCUUGGAAACUGUCUAAAGACACAAAUAGUCUCCUGUGGUUGGCAAUAGUGGGAGUGACAGAUCAGUUUGUCCACUACAGAACACCUAGAGACAAGUACAUGGAGGAUAUCAUGUCCCUUCAAUCCCACGUGUCACGUCACAAUCAGAGAGGGGCAGAUGAUGAGAACAUCAUGUCGGUCAACUGCCUGCGUGUAUCAUUUGAAGAGGAGCUCUACCUGCCGCUGUAUCGCCAUUGGAAGCUGUUUGAUAGCAUCUGUCACUCCAUGCCAAUAGCCUGCAAGCUUCGGUUGUGGUCUCUCAAGGGGCAGAAGAGGCUGCAUGAAUUCCUGGCUGAAAUGGGGCUACCACUAACACAGUGCAAGCAGCAAUACAGUGCUAUGGACACCGCCAUGAGGUCAGAGGUGAAGGUCAAAAUACUAGAGUAUAUGAAUAAGUAUGGGUUAGAGAUCCAGGACGUGAUCAUCCCAUCGUUUACCAUGCAGUAUGGCUAUAAACAUCUCUUGUGUGCCACAGACUUUGUGUACGCCGCUGCUGCUGCUUUGGAAUCUGUGGACAGGCUUCGUUUACCAACUGACAAUUUUUUGGCAGCAACAGAGAUCCUUCAGAGAUGUGUUUCACGCAAGAUAGAAGCCGGCCUGGAAUCGGCCAAGCUGCAGCUGCGAGGUGUGGUCAACCAGGUGCAGAGUUUUCUAGACAUGCACCAGAUCAUUUCAGCUGGACCUUUUCUCUACGUCUGUGUCCAAGAGGGUACCGCAGACUCUCGGUUUUUCUCACAUCCGCAGUGCCUGCUUCGACUGGCCAGAUACACUCUUCAAGCCCACUGCUCAGUUAGUCGCAACAAGAGAGUCCGCAGCCUGCCUCUAGUGUUGGGAGCUCCGUUGAGUAUAGAGGAAGGUAGAUCUAUCAUGGUUGGCAUUCCUCCUCUGGAUACAGACGAUGAACGGAAAAACUUUUUUGGAAAGGCCUUUGAACAAGCAGCAGAGUCCACAAAUACGGUAGUCAGGUUCAACAGUUUUGAUUCUCACAUCAUUGAGAUGAAAACUGAAGACAGGAGCAAGUUUUUCGAUGCGCUGAUCAGCAUACUACAAUAA